CACAUUAUUCCUCCAAAGACAGACCUGCACAGAGUCACACUAAACAUUCUCCAAAUGGACACAAAGGAGGAGCUGCUCCCAUUCAUCAAGGAGAUGCUGCAGCAGAAGCCCACUCGUCAGAUGGUGAAGAUCUACGCCAUCGGAUCCACUCUGGCUGUGCUGGGGGCCAUAGGAGCCGUGAUCCAGAGCAUCUUCAGAUCAGAAGAGUACGAAGACACCUCUGCAGACAUGAUAAUGAGAGACACAGAUGAGACACGGGCUGUCCCUGCACUGACAAGUGAAGCACAGGUCCAGAGAUCAGGCCUGGAGAAGACCAAGGGAGAACCAACGCUAUGGGAAGAAAACAGGAGGACCUCUGCCAACCGACAACAUGCUUCAUAAGAACAGAGGGCCACAUUGACCAAGAUUUUGAUGCCAGAUGCCCUUCCUGUAGCAAUCAGAAACAUUACAGUGUGACUGAACUCAAGUUGGAAUGGGGUGAAGUGUCUUGCCCAAGGAUGUAACAAAUGUUUAUGUUUAGGGCAGACAGGAUUGAACCAGCAACCCUUCCAGCUUACAUUCUUUUGAGAAACACUUUGUCAAAUGUAUACUUUUUUACAUAUUCAUGGGUUUCAGAAUGAUGAAAUAUUCUGUUUUGAAUGGGGAAAUGUCCUCAAAUGUUUAGUAUAAAAAUAUCUUUUGCUUGAGAAAACUGCAGGUUACAGUUCUGGCUGCUGGGCAGCAGAUGUCAUUAUAAUUUUGUAUAAUCAUAGCCCCACAUGUAGGUGCAAAAUAUCCUGUUAUUUAAUGUUAUUUACCUUUUGUAAGAUUGUUUACUUUUUCUAAUAAAAGACUUAA